GGUAGUGAAUAAUUGCAUGAGGAUCUUCAUGUGGUUGCCUUUUUCUUCUCAUUUUCUUCUUUGAAUUACCUGUCUAAACUUGGAGUUAUGCAUUGUUUUGCUUGUUUUGUACAUAUGAAAUUGCUGAUGAUUAUGAAUAAUAAACCAGAAAUACUCCUACUAUUUUUUUUGGGGCUUCGAAAAUGGCUCAUGGGGUUUCCUCUCUUAAGGACUCUAUACUCAGCUAUUCUGAGUUAGUUUCAGCUGUCAUAUCUCAAACCCUAUCAAUUAGUAAAUGCUCAUAUAAUCAGGUUUGUCCCUCAAUCUCCUUUCUUCUUUAAUUCUGUGUUUAGUUGAUGUUCAUAAUGUAGAUAUUUGCUACUUUAUCUUUGGCUAUAAUAAUUUUUCACAAACCAUAAGGUUCCUAAUCCAGUAUAUAGUAAAGCACUAUAUUCUCUAUUUAAUCUGUUUUGAAGUUCAUAAUCCAAUGAGGUUAAAUCAGAUUGAUGGAUGAACAUAUGCCAAAAUGUUGGAAAUGUGAUAAAACUCUUGAUUUCCUAUGAAACGAUGAACAUUAUGUUCAUAUGAUUAGUUCAUGGUUCCCUGGUUAAAUUAUGUCUUGUCAGGCUUUAUGUUAUUAUGACAUUGUGGAUUAACUUAUAGUAGGUAUUGCAAAUUUUUGCAAGCAUCCAAUAUCUCUUCUGAACAUUAUAAAUGAUCAUGAUUACAUUCAAAUGAAACAAGGUGCAACCUCAAUUAAUUGUGUUUCAAUUUAUUUGUUACAACGUUCAAUUAUAUGCUUGCUCUUAUCUUUUCUUACAAAGAAAUUAUUAAAUGGAUACUCAAAUUUUCCUCAGAUGGAGGAAUCAAAGUUCAUUGAAGAAAGGACAGAUCCUACUAAUUCAUUUUUCUCAAUGGAAGGUUGUAGUCCAGAAGACAUUUCACUCUUCGUCAUGGGCCAGCAAGAUAAUGAAAUUCUUCCUCUUGAUGAACUAAAAGGAGUUGAGGUGCCAAAACCCAGUGAUGGAGUAUUAAAGAAUUUAAAGGAAGAUGAUAUGAAAAGAAGCUUCAUUGAUACUGCAACACCUUUUGAGUCUGUUAAACAGGCUGUAUCCAAAUUUGGAGGGACCGUUGAUUGGAAAGCUCAAAAGGAACUGAUUAUAGAGAAGCGCAAGCAUGCCCAACUUGAACUUAAGAAAGUACAUGAAAAAAUCCCAGUAUACAAAGCACAAUGUGAAGUUGCAGAAGCAUUUAAAGAACAGGUGCUAAAGGAGUUAGACUCUGCUAAAAGACUCGUGGAAGAGCUUACUCUAGGUUUGGAGAAAGCAGAAACUCAGGAGGCAGAAGCCAAACAAGACUCCGAACUUGCUGAUCUACAACUGAAAGAAAUGGAGCAAGGAAUUGCUAACAGUGCAAGUGUGGUUACCAAGACACACCUAGAGGUCUCCAAGGAAAGAUGUGCCAGUGCAGUUGCAGAGUUGAAAUUGGUAAAAGAAGAGCUUCACUCCACAAAAAGAGAAUAUGAUUCAUUAGUUCAGGAGAGGGACAUCAUAGUAACGAAAGCUGAUGAUUCUGUUUCUGCAUCGAGGGAAAUCGAGAAGGCUGUUGAGGACCUGACCCUCGAACUUAUCAUGAUUAAGAAAUAUCUUGAGUCUGCUCAUUCUGCGCAUCUUGAAGCAGAAGAACAAAGAAUUGCUGCAGCCUUGGCCUUAGAUCAAGAUAGAUUAAACUGGGAAAAACAGCUGAAGCAAGCUGUAGGAGAAUUACAACACCUUAACGAGAAACUCCUGUUGACACAGGAUCUUGAAUCAAAACUGGACAGAGCUUCUACAUUAUUUGUCAGUCUAAAAGAUGAAUUAUCUUCGUACCAAGAAGCACAGAGGAACCUGGGAACCAAAACCACUCAAGAACAGAUGCUAGCUUAUUGGGAAGGAGAUUUACAAGAGAUAGAAACAAACACUCAAGAAGCAUUAGCCUCAACUACUAAAGAGCUCGAGGAAGUAAGGUCCCAUAUUGAAACUGCUAAGAAUGAAGUCAAUUGUUUAAAACUUGCUGUUUCUUCACUCGAGAAUGAUCUGGAAAAGGAGAAAACAACCUUGGCCACCAUGAAACAGAGGGAAAAUCUUUCAUCCAUUUCAGUCUCAUCACUUGAAGCUGAACUUAACAGGGUUCAUGCUGAGCUGGAGCUAAUUAUGAACAAAGAUGAGGAUUCCAGAGAAAAGAUGGUGGACCUACCCAGGGCACUGCAACAAGCGGCUGAGGAAGCAGAUCACGCUAAAUUGGUGGCGAAUUUGAUGCGCGAGGAACUAAAGAAGGCUAAGUAUGAAGCAGAGCAAGCCAAUGUUGCAGCUAACACGAUGGAGAAAAGACUAAAUGCAAUUAUGAAGGAAAUUGAAGCAUCCAAAGCUUCCGAGAAGUUGGCUAAGUCAGCACUCGAAGCAUUGGAAGAAAGUGAACGGGCAAACUUAGAAUCUGACAACUCGGCAAAUGGAGUAACCCUACCAAUUGAAGAAUACUAUACACUUAGCAAGAACACCUAUGAAGCCGAGGAGAUUGCUUAUAACAGAGUAAUUUCUGCUUUUGAACAAAUUAAAGCUGCCAAGGAAUCUGAGUUAAAGAGUUUAGUAAAACUGGAGGAAACAAAAAAGAUGAUUAAGAAGAAGAAAAUAUUCCAAAUAGCUGCAAUGGGAAAACCCGAGAUGGCCAAUGAAGAAAAACUACAUGCAGAACAGGAGUUGCAAACAAUGAGAGCUGAGCUUGAACAACGAAGAAAAGUUAGCAAUGAUGCUAUGGGCCUCUCUGAUCCAGAAGGCGCAAUCGGUGAAAUAGAUGCUGCUUAUGAAAGUUCAUCAGGAAGUCCAAGACCCUAUAUACCACAAUCAAAUACAACAAUUGCCCUACGAAACUCAAAAAGGAGGAGAUCCUUUUUACCUCGAUUGGUCACGUUUUUAACCAGAAAGGAGGUUCAGACGCCGAAGUCAUAAAAUAGCAUCUUCAAAAGCACUAAAUACUCUCAAUUUUAUAUUUAUCUCAUUAUGGCAAAGUUAAUUAUGCCAUCGACAGAGAGCUAAUAUAGUGAAACAGAUGACUGUUUUCUUAUCAUAUUUGUCUUGGAAAUA